AUGACGGCUGUGUGCCCUGCUGGGGUGGGACCUGCUGGGGCUACAGUGGGGUGCUCCAGGGGGUCUGGGGCUGGGGUUUUGACUGGGAGUACAGGGGGUCAGGAUAAGAGAUACGCACGCUGGAGCCGCUUGGAGAGCUCGGACAUCACUGCAGAUGACGAGGGGGUCCCUGGCCACCGCGUCACCCCCCUGGAGAGGCUAAACCUGGACAUGUGCCAGGACGACAGGGUGGUCCGUGAGCUCACCUUGGGCCGGCGUAUCGGCUUCUACAAGGUCCGUGGGGAGAUCGGCUGUGGAAACUUUUCCCACGUCAAACUGGGGAUCCACGCCCUCACAAAAGACAAGGUGGCCAUUAAAAUCCUGGAUAAGACCAAGCUGGACCAAAAGACCCAGAGGUUACUAUCUAGAGAGAUAUCCAGCAUGGAGAGACUGCAACACCCCAACAUCAUACGCCUUUACGAGGUGGUGGAGACAUUGUCACGGUUACAUCUGGUGAUGGAGUAUGCAGGCGGAGGAGAGCUCUACACCAAGAUCAGCACAGAGGGGAAACUGUCCGACAUCGACAGCAAGAUCGUCUUCUCUCAGAUCCUCUCAGCUGUCAAACACAUGCAUGACAACAGCAUCAUCCACCGUGACUUGAAGGCAGAGAACGUCUUCUACACCUGCAGCACCUGCGUCAAGGUGGGAGACUUCGGAUUCAGCACGCUGAGCCGCCGCGACGAGACUCUAAACACCUUCUGCGGCUCCCCGCCCUACGCCGCGCCAGAGCUCUUCCGGGAUGAAAAUUAUCUGGGCGUCUUCGUAGACAUCUGGGCUCUGGGCGUCAUGCUGUUCUUCAUGGUGACAGGAAGCAUGCCCUUUAGGGCGGACACGGUUGCCAAGUUGAAGCGCUGUAUCCUGGAGGGGGCCUAUGUGCUGCCCUCCUGGAUACUGGAGCCCUGCCAGAGGCUGAUCAGAGGCAUCCUCCAGCCCCAGCCCUCAGAUCGCUGCAGUGUAGAGCAGAUGAUGGGCUGUGAGUGGCUGCUGAGUGUAGACUUCCCCCGGGCCAUGGAGCCCUUUAAACUGGACCCGUCCUAUCUGGCCGAGAGCACACCUUCAGAGUUGGAGGAGGACGAGGCGGAGGUGAGGGGGGCACUGGAGACACUAGGGAUCACCACGGAGCAUGUCUUGAAUAAUCAGGGGAAGGACUGUAGGAGUUCUAUAACAGGUGUUUAUAGGAUUCUGUUGCACCGUGCUCACAAUAGGCGGGCAGUGGAUAGCAUGCCUGCGGUUACGCAUGUGGUCGGGGCCAGAGUGAGUAAAAAGGACCGGCUAAAGGCGUACCGCAGCUUACGGCACACCUCCAAGCUCUGUGUGAUUCUGUGA